AUGCCAUCCACGAAGCAGCAACGUGCCCGCCGUCAGACCGCGCCAUCGGGCCCGCCGCGGAAGCCAACUGCCAGCGAAACACAACCGCGCCUCGAGUCAACACAAGAACAACCUUCCAAUAUUCUCCAAUGGAGCAUCCCGAACUGGAAUAAUGAAUUGGAAUUCUCCCAGUGGCUCAAUGGUGUUAGGGAUGACCUAGUUGAAGAGAGUUAUGACCAAUACCAGAAUUGCCUCGAUGACCUCCAACAAUCGAAGGAGCAUAUUGAUGAAAUAUUGAUGAACACUUUGACUCUCCUUGACGAUCUAUCUAGCCUAUCCGAAUCCUUCAGAUCUGUCGAAUCGCAGACAUCGAACUUCGAGAAGCAAUGUGAGGGUCUUCUGUCAGCACAGGAGCGCGAUACAAAGCUCGCAAAUGGCAUUCAAAACAAUCUUCAUUACUAUGAUUUCUUGGACCCUGCGUCCCGGCGACUCAAUGCUCCAGGCGCUGGAAAUACAGUUCGCGACAGGGAGUUCUCGGACAUGCUCAGGCGCCUUGACGUGUGCUUGGACUACAUGGAAACCCAUCCUGAGCAAAAAGAAGCAGAGGUAUACCGCUCCAGAUACCGGCUUCUCCUCACCCGCGCCCUUACCCUUAUCCGCGGCAAUUUCGUGACUGCUCUCAAAGAUAUCUACCAAAAUGUCUCGAAGAAAGUUUCAGAUCAGAACUUAAAUGAAACAGCUCUGUCGGCACUUCUCUACGCCAAAUUCAGGGUUGGAGCCCCAGAGUUGAAGCAGAUUGGAGUCGAGAUUCAGAAGAGAGCCGUACCACCCUUGAACCCGGAACAGAACAGCGAGGCCGAAUAUCAGAGUCUGAUGAACGAACUACAUAGCAAUUAUUCCGCCACUCGAGCCCGGCUUAUCAUCCCGCUUGUUCGCAAAAAGCUUAUCGAGAUCACACAGACACCCAGUUCAACGAAAGACUUAGUGUCAUUUGCUCGCGCAAGUAUCGGCUACAUUCGCGGCGUCUGUCUAGAUGAAUAUGAUCUAUGGGGUGAAUGGUUCCACGGGCAAGGAGGAUUAUACGACUUUCUCGAGACUAUCUGCGAGCCUCUCUAUGACCACCUUCGCCCUCGAAUCAUCCAUGAGGGUGACAUUGUCAACCUGUGCCAACUCUGCACCUUGCUACAAACCCGGUACUUCCUAGACCCAGAAGAGGAGCCCGAACAUAAUGAUUUAAAUCAACUUGACUUCUCUACUUUGAUCCAACCGGCUUUGCAAGAUGUCCAAUCUCGAUUGGUAUUCCGAGCCCAGGCUGUUCUCCGUGAUGGAAUUGAACGAUACAAGCCUCGCCCCGAAGACAUUGAUUACCCUAUGCACAGCCGACAGAUGUCAUUGACAGUAACCGACACUCAAAUCUCAGGCAAAAAGGACACGACGGCAGCCACAUUGAUCGACAUGACGAAACCUGAUGGCGACGAGACACAAGACAAGGACGGAAAAUGGGACUUUGAAACUCAGACAGCGCUCAAAGGGUGGUAUCCUACCUUGCGCAAGGCAAUUUGGCUUCUCAGUCGUAUCUACCGCCUUGUAAAUUCAACCGUCUUCGACGAUCUUGCACAUAACAUCGUUCACCAAACAACCCUAUCGCUCUACAACGCCAGCAACCUAAUCUCCAAUAGAGCAACCCCAUCAGAUGGACAGCUAUUCCUAAUGGGCCACCUCCUAAUCCUGAAACAACAAAUCGUCGCCUUCGACAUCGAAUACGUCGCUCCAGAAGUCUCCUUCGAUUUCUCCGGCGUCACAAGUACCUUUUGGGAACUCCGCGAACGAGGCGGCCUCUUCAAUCCCCGAAACCUUAUGCGCCUCGUUGGCCACGGUCUUAUCCCCCGCGUUGUGGAGAACAUGCUCGACGCAAAGGUCGAGCUGGACGGGCGUCUUCGCACUGUCAUUAAUGAUUUUAUCAAUGCCUAUGCUGCGCGAAUGACCGCUUCCCUUCCUGCUAAGUUCAUUGAUACGAGGAAUCUCCAGCGUGGAGAACUCAUUCAUCCUACUUGCCGUACCAUUGAGAAAGAAGUUCCUGCACUGAGAAAAUGCUUGAAUGAGUACAUUGACGAUACGCGGAUGAAGGAGACUCUUGUUGGUGCGGUGCAGGAUCGGACGAUCCAGAUUUAUGAGGACUUUUUGGAGAAGUAUGCUUCUUCAGACAAGGCGAAGGGCUUCAUUAGUAAGAAGGGCAAGGGUCGGGAUGAUGCUGUGUGGGAUGUUGAGACCUUUGCUGAGUGGUGUGAGGGUGUUUUCAGAGUUGGGGUUGCGGGUUUACAGACUGAGGAGGUAGAGGAUGAUGAUCCUUCGAGUACAACCUCUUAG